GACGCUAGAGUAAUCAUUGAUUUUUAUUGUUUUUAUUUUUUUCUCGUUAUAUCACAUGGUAAGCUAAAGUACAUGCAUUUGCAUAUCGUAACUCACACAUAGAACAUAAAUACGUUCUGUUGGACCUUUAAUGAUUGUAUACAGGCCAGCUCGUACGCCUAAUAAAAUUGAAAGAAUCGUGUUUUUUGUUACACAUGACCCACAAUUCAAGGAAUGUUCGAUCGCUUUACGCUUUAAGAUCGUCCUUUUAUCUUCAACAUUAUACAUUAUAACGGCCAAAGAAAUUGCUACGACUUCAGAAGGGGAAUAUUCUAAUGUCAAAGUGUCCUCAACUAAAAUACUUGUUUUCGUUCGACAAGGAGCACGUGCGCGUUCGUGCGUGCUUCUGUGCGCCGCGUGUUAAUUGACAUGCAGGAAGUCCCCUUGCCGGCUGACAUUUUCAAGUAACUUUCACUUUGCUUGACGUUAGCUAGAGAUUCAACAUGCCCUCUCAGUCCUUGUAAUUUGUUAUUAUUAUUUUGUUUUGUUAAUCAACUAUCUCUUGCCAAAAGUGGACUUUUCAUUUUACAGACGAUCAAACAUUCCAAACGGAUGUGCUAUUCUGUAUCUUACCAAUAAAAACAAAACAACAGAUUUCUGGAUUGCCACGACUUUUGGGGAUUCCUAUUGGAUCAUGAUUUUGACUAAUUAUUGACUUGUGAUAAACCAUGCAACAAACGAGUCGACGAAAUUGAACCCUCAACACUGGAUCCUCUAAUUGGAGUAUAAUAAUCAAACAUCCACUCCCUCUUCUCAACGAUGGCAUCCUGCUGGAAUCUUUGGUUCGUGGCUGUGAUUUUAAUGGUGAACCAGUGGAAACUUAGCCUUGGUGAAAUUUUCAGGCAUGGUCCAUCAGAUACUGUUCUUGUCCAGGGAAAGACAGCGGUGUUAAGGUGUGCUGUCAAAACCCAGGGGAGCGAGGUGGUCUACUGGUUCCACGUUGAUUCUGGGCAAUAUAUCAGCUACGAUGAAAAUAUCUAUUCUUUCGUUAUGGAGGAUCGUUAUUCCAUCAUUGGAAACCACAAGAAAGGUGAAUAUUACUUGACGAUACGAAAUGCUCGGAAAUCAGACAAAGGGGAAUACCGAUGUGUGUAUGGGAAUCAGUUCGCAUCAGCACGCAUGGUGGUCUUGGUGCCACCGAAUGAUGGGUCUCCUGCUUGUGAGGCUCUUCCUGCAGCCGAUUCUACCAGCAUAGGCAACGUCGCCCAACUUUCCUGCACGUCUCAAGGUGGUGAUCCUCCAGCUGAACUGUCCUGGUACCGACAAGACAAGUUGAUAGCCGGACCGGCCGUACACGCGAACUCCAUCCAGAGACUAGUAAAGACAGAAGACAACGGUGUCAUUUUCACCUGCUCUGCGACAACACCAGCUCUGACCUAUCCGAGAACCUGCAGCGUGAUGAUCCUCAAGAAUCCACCAAUGGUCACAGUAACACCACCUGAAGUCAACAUCAAACAUGGACAAACCGCUCAGUUCAGCUGCCAAGGUAUCGCCGAAACCAAUGUAACCGGUUACCGAUGGUUCGUCAAUUACGUUGUUGUAGGGAGCAAGGUGUCUUCUCCCCGUUAUACCCUCGACCCAACUAAUACCACACUGACAAUCCACAAUGUACAAGCCUGGGAAAAUGGUGUUAUCGUGUCAUGUGAAGCUAACAUCCAGUCCGGGUUGAAGGGUAGGGGAAGCGCCAAUCUAGGUGUAAAGCUGCCGCCAAAUUUCAGAACCGCGUCACCUCCCAUAUCUAAUAAUGGAAACAACAGUAACGGGACGGGGUUAUCUCCGAAAGGUCUUCAUCCUCAACCCUUCAUAACCACCAACAUUGCUGCCAUAGCCGGUGCUUCUGCAGGAGCCCUUGUGCUGCUCAUAGUUGUUUCAACUCUUGCUGCGUGUUGUGCCAAAGGAAAGAGUCAUAAAUACCCUGCAGGUAAAAACAUGCCUGGAUCAUUGAGGUAUAAAACAUCUCAACAAGUACUCAUUGAAGAGGAUUUCCCCAUCUAUGCCAAACCAAUGAAGGUAAAACGUCAUAACUGCGAGGUGACGGAAUCAAGUCGACCAAACAGCAUCUCCAAAGCUUCCACGGCAGAGUCGGCUCUGACCGGCGUCGGCUCAGAUGCCGGUCACGGUGUCGCCAUCCCGCUCUGUCUACGACCGCCGUCUUUGAAACGACUUGGAAGAAAAAUAACUUCAAAUUACGAGAAAAUUGGUUUCGACGGACCGCUACCUCUCACCCGGCCCGAACCUAUGGGCAGUGAAGACAAAGAUUCGGCCCCUGUCGAGAACCCAUUAAGGCAGACUGAAUUAUGCAGGAGCCAAAAUAACGCCACAAACGGCGAAUUAAGAAAUGGAACAUCAAAACCCGGUGAAUUAGUUUAUGCCGAUUUGGACCUGGCAGAAAAUAAUAAUGAUUCGUCAACAAAACAGACUCAGCCAAAUAGCAAGGCAUCGGACGCUGUAGCCUACGCGAAAUUACGAUUAUAAACAAACCACACCUUAGUUUCUUUUUUGUACGAAUGUAAUUUAACAAUUUUUAAGAUUUUAUAUGUAAAUUUUGAUGUUUUGUAAUGUCAUUUUGAAUUUUAUACCACUUUUAUUGACCUCCAUUCAGUUGGGUUUAAUGAUCACUUCACUGCUUGUAGACUUGUUUGUUAGAGGACAUUCAAUUUAGUCAAAUUCUUUCUUCAUUAUAGCCUUAUUUUUUUUCAAAAAUAAUAUGCAUACUAAAACUAGUAAUAAUGAACUAACCGUGUACUUCUAGAAUCAAACAAACCAUAUUACAAACAAACGCAAG